AUGUGUGGCCCGCUGGCCAUCCUUAUCACCUUCUCCGCGCUCGGUCCCUUCUGGCCUACUCCGACCAAAUACCCGGCGCCCCCCUGUCCGUCUCAUUCUGCCACAUCCCGAUCCACAUACCACCCAUCUUGGCACAGGAAAGCGGCCCGUACAGUCGGGACUGCAGCGGGCUCUGUCAAGGACACAGGGCAACGCCUCACCCGGCGCCAGCGCGACCAUGUACCGCGCCCGAAUGGUGACCACCGCUUUCAGCGCCGGAGAGAGCGCCCAUCCGUGGGCCGAGGAAUCCAGUGGACGGGGGCGCGCGUGGUCCGAGGUACCCAAAACGGACAGUGGGAGUAUCAUCUUCCCAAGAUAUUCAACGAUGAAUACGUGCUUUUCAACUGGACCUCGGAAGACACCGAGGCCUCCAUUGACACUGUCACUGAAUCAUUGAAACGUCCCUCCCCGGGCAGCGGCAUCGCUUUCCUCCAGCCCAUCGACGACGUCGACAGCUGCUUCAGACCCGCCGACUGGCCUUUUGAGCAAAAGGAUGAUCCUGCUGACGCCCCGAUCCUCUACGUCCACAUCCGCACAUUUACCGACGCGACUGUCAUCGCCAUCAGCAUGCUGCAUGUCUUCGGCGACCAGCUUGGUCUCGCCAACAUUGUGAAAGCAUGGAUGGGUAUUCUCGAGGGGAAAGCACCUCCUCCGUUCGUAGGGUACGACGAAGAGGUACUUCCACAUGAUAAGGCAUUUGAGGAUUUCCCGAAGCGGGAUACGCACCGUAAGGGGUGGAUGCGGGUCAGGCGGUAUGGCGAGUACUUGUUCGUGCUACUCGGCUUCAUCCUGGACCUGAUCCUACAUGCCGAGGAGAGCCACAUCAUCUUCUUCCCGCUCCAGAUGGUCGAGUCGAUGCGGUUUGCGCACAUGUAUAAGACAUCACCUGUUACAAUUUCACUCUCGCAAACCGUCAAUCUGCGUGGCCGUGUCCCUCAGCUUUUGUCCCCCGCGCGCAACGGCUAUAUCCACAACGCCCUAAUCUAUGCGUCAUCUCGUUACCGUCACUCGCGCUCCACGUCCGUCGGCGAGAUUGCGUACCUCAACCGCCAAGCCGUCAACGAAACCUUGACGACCAAAGGCAUCGACGUCGGGUUGGCUGUGAUGCGGGAAAUGGUCAAGCGCGGCCAGUCCACGCACAUUUGUGAACCAUUCGAGAAGUCAUACGCCGUGACCAACUGGUGUGGAGCCUGGAAAGAUGUCGAUUUCACUAAUGCAGCGAAAACGAGAGAGAAGCAGGGCGACGAGACCCGUCCGCUGGGCCUGCUUGUCCUGGGCCACGGCGGAGAGCGAAAGACGCCUAAAAGAUUCCAUUCCACUGUCAUGUGCAAGACGAAUGAUGGUUAUUGGGUCGAUUUCAGUACAUCCCGAAAGGGCAUGAAGGCGAUCAAGGACUAUAUCGCCUCGGAUCCGGCGCUGGAACGGUUUUAG